AUGUUUUCGCUGAGGUUGAAUGAGGCUGCAGCCUUCCAGGCGGUUCUUCGCCGGCGGUUUUCGCAGUUGAUCCAACUUCAGCUGCAAGACUACGACAACACAGUCCUGGUGGCGUCCUCAGCGCCCUUGGAUCCAGAUCAGCUUGCCCACGACUUGCGCCAGAGUGAGGUCCUUGGUGCAGCUGCCUCGAGGCUAGAAGUGUCUCGCCCCUCUCCAGUUUCGCGGCAUCGUCUGCGGCGAGUUCAG